AUGUCUAAACGGAAUCAACGUGAAACACGUUCUUCGAGUUCAUCUUCUUCACAGUAUCAACCAUCGCCGAAACGCUUGCUCCGCGAUGGGACGCCAGGUAAGGACGACCAUCACGUCUCACUCGGCAACAUUAUGGAUAAGUUGUGUAACUUGGAAUCUCGAAUGGAAGACCUCUUCGGCAGUCUAAAAUCCGAGUUAUCAUGUCUUAGACAUGAACUCAACGAAGAAAUUGAGAAAGUAAAAUCGACAGUAAAUGAUAUGGAAACAUCAUUGAACGCGGCGUGGGACACAAUCAAAGAUCUCCAAGAUGAACUAAAAAUACACGCAGAAUUCCGAAAGAAACAUAAAGAAAGUUUGGAAAAACACCUCGAGGACAAUGGUGUUUCACAAAGCGCUAAAGCAAAAAUUGCUCUGCAGGAGAGUCAAAUCAACCUUUUAAAUACGAAGCUAUCCGAGGAACAGGAAAAAAUCAUCGCACUGGAAAACUACUCUCGCCGAGAGAAUCUCCGAUUUAUGAAUAUACCGGAGCAAGAACACGAGAACUGCACUGACACCGUUUAUGAUAUCGUCGAGAACGGGUUGAACAUAAACACACAGAAUAUAUACUUUCAUGCUGUCCACAGAGUCGGUAAGCCACGUUCGCCUGAGGACUCCCAUCACCAUCCCCGACCCAUCAUUGCGCGUUUUCUCUGCCGGGAAGAUAGGGACCGUGUUUUUAAAGCGAAAGGAAGAUUGAGACACUCGACGGAUUAUCCAGACGCGUAUAUAACUAAAGACUAUGCAAAGGCGAUACAGCUUGAAAGAAAGGAACUAAUUAAAGCGAUGUUCAUAGCGCGGAAGAAAGGCAUGAGCGCGAAAGUAGUGGACAGAAAUCUAACAUACCCGACGAACUUA